UGGCAGUGCGGUAUUGUAAACAGGGUAGGAAGCCAUUUUGUACAUGUAGAAAUUUCGCAAAAUUUAAGUCGUCUUGGUGGAUUUUGUUCCUGAUUUCGACCUUCCAAUUACCAUUUAACGAGCGAAUUCAGAUGGAGAAUCCUGGAAGCGAGCCUCCUCGGUGUCCAUGUGGAUUUUGGGGAUCUCCUCAGACAUUAAAUUUAUGUUCCAAGUGCUUUAAGGAUGAGCAACAGCGAAAAUCGCAAAACCAAAAUGGUAGUUGCUCUGCUAUCUCCCAACCCUCGCUGGACAGAGUACCGGUGACUACGACGGGAGAAAGUUCGCGCGAGAAGGAGAAUAAGGACAAAACUCCAGUGGAAAAUGAAGAACCUGAUCGAGAUCAAAAGUGCGUAGAAGAAACCCGUACAAGUACUGAAUCUACGUCUAAUGAUACUCCAGAAGAUCUACCACAACAGAAAAAUAAGAAACGAUGCUGGAAAUGUAAGGCUAAAUUAGAACUCGCUCAAAGGGAACUUGGAAUAUGCAAAUGUGGCUAUGUGUUCUGUCAACUACAUCGUCUUCCAGAACAACACGAAUGUAUAUAUGAUCAUAAAGAAAGUGGGCGUAAAGAAGCUCGUGAAAAGAUGGUUACUCUUGGACCACGAAAAGUUGGCAGGUCAUUCCAACGCAUUGAUGAUUGCUAAUACAAUAUUGUUAUCUCUGCACUAAKAAAAGCAGUUCACCAACGUGCCAAAGUGGAUAGAAGUUAGUCCAAUKUGGGUCAAAGCCACCAAAAUGCUAACCAUCAGUAAAUGGAACUGGACAAGGUUUUGUCAUAAUUAUUGRCAAUAUAUUGAGUAGUCAUCAGURACAAUGUAUUGAUUGCUCAGCCAUGUGAAUUGGUUAAGAAUYACAAGUUAAUAUUYCUAUCAAACACUUGUAAAUUCACUUCAUGGCUGGCUGAUAUUAGGGUUAAUCAUUACCAAAAAAGGUUGUGCAAUUGGUUUAAAUCCCAAGGGGUAAAUGCUAUAUUCUUAUCACACUUCUGUUGUAAGGAUUUAAGUUGUUUUCUUUCAACAAGAGGGGAAAAUGACAGUCACUGGACUUACUGUGGCAAUAACUUACUCAAGACUCACCRAUUUCUUCAAAUAACUUUUGCAAUGUUGACAAUAAGCCAGGACCUCAAAAUAAGCAGACUUUAAAGCAAGGGUGAAAUUAAGAAUAAUUGAUGUGAGUUCCCAGGGUUUAGGUUCACAGAUUAGAUUGGAUUAAUAUAUUCAAUAUGUUGGGAUAGUUGUAUUAAAAUGACAGUAUGAAUUGUCUGAAUAUCCAUGGUUUUACUAAACAUGCUGAUAUAUACCAAACUGUUCCAGCACAAUUUGACAAUAUUAUAACAAUUGAUAAUGUAUUGUUAUAAUUCUAUUUAGGGAUAAACAUGAUAUUAGAGGAAUUGUUGGAUGGGUGUACCAGAUGAAUUUCUAACUGUUCAGAACUUUGAAGGUUUUUUGCUAUGAUCAGAGUUCAGUAUGGAAAUAAACUUGCUCAAAAUGAUAGUUAAAAAUUUAUCUURCACCAUGUAAUUUCAAACAAUCAUUCCAAAAUUUAAUGUUGUUCUGUGUUAUGUGACUAUUUAGAUAUUAAUAUUAUUAAAUUUCUGGUGUUUAAAUUUCUAAUUGUUUUAUUCUGAUUGUUUGUAAAUGUGUUGCAAUAUUGCAAACAUUGUCAUGCAAUUCAUGUUUUGGAAUGAAACAUGUAUACAAUUUGUUUUGUAGAAAUAUCACAAAUCACUUCUGACGCAAGGGUUUCUAUUAAAGUGAACACACUUCAUGAAGCUUACAUCUGAUAACUAAAUUAUGCAAAUUCCUUUCUUUUGAAUAAAAACAUUUAGUGG